UCUGCCACGCAAAGGGCUCUCUCCGACUUGGAAAGUGCAGGGAUCCCAAGAAUAUCACCCGCCGAGGGGGGCCGCGCGGCGCCCCCAGCCCUCCACCCUCGGCCCCCAGUGGCGGGCGCGGGAGCGCGGCCAGCAGUACAUUUCACAGGGCUGACCCACAGAGUUCACUGGGCGGAUUCUCACCCUGUCACUGGAAAGUGGACUACCAGGGUCUUCAUGAAAGAUGCUGUGAUUUUGAAACCAGGUCACCUGGAGCCUGGGGCCACCCCAGCCCUCUCAGGGCUCGGCAGACCUCAGAGGUGGUGGUGAAAGAGACAGUGGUGGUCAAUGUUAUUUGAGCCGGGUCAGCAGGCCCUGGAACUUCCUGAGUGCACGAUGCAGAAGGCUGCUUACUAUGAAAACCCAGGACUCUUCGGAGGCUAUGGCUACAGCAAAGCCCCUAACGCUUACGGCUACGGCACCCCGCAUCAGCCUUACCCACCCCCUGCUGCUGCCAACUCCCUGGACACUGAUUACCCGGGCUCCGCCUGUUCCAUCCAGAGUUCGGCACCUCUGAGAGCCCCAGCCCACAAAGGAACUGAACUCAAUGGCAGCUGUAUGCGGCCUGGCACCGGGAACAGCCAGGGUGGGGGUGGUGGCAGCCAGCCUCCCGGCCUGAACUCAGAGCAGCAGCCACCACAGCCCCCUCCUCCACCACCAACCCUGCCCCCAUCCUCGCCCACCAAUCCUGGGGGUGGGGUGCCUGCCAAGAAGGCCAAGGGUGGGCCCAGUGCUUCUGGCUCCUCAGCCACCAUCAGCAAGCAGAUCUUCCCUUGGAUGAAAGAGUCCCGACAGAACUCCAAGCAGAAGAACAGCUGUACCACUGCAGGAGAGAGCUGCGAGGAUAAGAGCCCGCCGGGCCCGGCGUCCAAGCGGGUGCGCACGGCCUACACGAGCGCACAGCUGGUGGAGCUGGAGAAGGAAUUCCACUUCAACCGCUACUUGUGCCGGCCACGCCGCGUGGAGAUGGCCAACCUGCUGAACCUCACCGAGCGCCAGAUCAAGAUCUGGUUCCAGAACCGGCGCAUGAAGUACAAGAAGGACCAGAAGGCCAAGGGCAUCCUGCACUCGCCGGCGGGUCAGUCCCCGGAGCGCAGCCCGCCGCUGGGCAGCGCCGCCGGCCACGUGGCCUACUCCGGCCAGCUGCCGCCCGUGCCCGGCCUGGCCUACGACGCGCCCUCGCCGCCCGCCUUCGCCAAAUCUCAGCCCAACAUGUACGGCCUGGCCGCCUACACGGCGCCGCUCAGCAGCUGCCUGCCGCAGCAGAAGCGCUACGCGGCGCCCGAGUUCGAGCCCCACCCCAUGGCAAGCAACGGCGGCGGCUUCGCCAGCGCCAACCUGCAGGGCAGCCCGGUGUACGUGGGUGGCAACUUCGUCGACUCCAUGGCGCCCGCGUCCGGGCCCGUCUUCAACCUGGGCCACCUCUCGCACCCGUCUUCGGCCAGCGUGGACUACAGCUGCGCCGCGCAGAUUCCCGGCAACCACCACCAUGGACCGUGCGACCCUCAUCCCACCUACACAGAUCUCUCGGCCCACCACUCGUCUCAGGGACGCCUGCCCGAGGCCCCCAAACUGACGCAUCUGUAGCGGCCGCCACCGGCCCGAACUCGCGGCGCAAUUACCUCUUUUGCUUUGGUGGCUGGGGUGGCGGGCGGGGCCCGCGGGGCAGCUCGGUGACCCCCUCCCUCGCUCUGGCCCGGUCGCCGCCUCCUGGGUCUCGGGCCAACGGCGGCCGAGACACAGGCGACUGGGCCUCCCCUCCAGGCGCGCCCUCCUUUGGGUGACUCGCCAUAAAUCAGCCGCAAGGAUUCUCCUCUGUAACCCUGACAGUGCCAUAUACUGCGGACCGAGGGACGCUAAUCUGGUAAUGGUGUCCCGAAGGUAAGUCUGAGAUCCAUCGGCGGCGCGCUCUGCAGAGGGACCAGCUCCCGGACAGCCCCGGGGCCUGGCCCGAGUCUAGCUUAGUUGCGGAGACCUUAAUUUAUAUGCUCCUUCCCGUCCCGUAAGGAUUGCAACGGACUCAACGACCUGUAUUUAUUAUUUGAAGCGAGUCAUUUCGUUUCCCUGAUUAUUUAUCCUCGUCUUAAUGUAUUUAUGUGUAUAUUUGUAGAAUUCUCCAGCCAACCUUAGGAACGCGCUCCCAGGCCGCGGGGGCCACGUUUCACCUCUUUAGUCCCUUUGGUCUGAACUAGUUAAGAGAGUAGUUUUGAACAGUUGUAACCGUGGCUGGUGUUUGUAGUUGAUGUAAAGGAUUAAGACCGCAAAUUGUCCUUCAUUGGGUAGAGUCAGGCGGCCCCGUGGCGUGGCACGACACCCGUUACUCAUUUCUCAACAGCCGCAGCCCUCACCACUCGACACAGUGUAUUGAUUUCAAAUUGUCUGGUACUAUUUGAACAAAUAUUUAGAAUAAAAAAAUUUCUCAGUC